GGCGGGGGCCGCGGGGAGCCCCAACACCCCGCAUCUUGCUGGACGGGACUGAGAGAGAGAUCCUCAGAUGUGAGAAACCCAAAGUGUGCGACACAUGCGCACACACGGGUCCGCGUUACCGUGGGACGUCGCGUGUUUCUCUAUGCGCGCGGGCGUGCGCGCGCACUCGUGCGCUUGACUUUCCCUGCGCGAGUUAACGGCACACACUCAGAGGUGGCGUUGUCGUCUCGGGGGCGGGUGACGCGCACUUCGCGGCGAGCUCCCUGCGCUGUCAGACGAGGAAGUGAAGCUCCAUUCACGCCCCGUUUCAGCCUGCGGGGAAACACGCACGAAGCCCCGCGUCCGCGCGUCAGAUCGCAGCGACGCGCCGGGACUUAACGCGCCGACUUUCGGAUGGACCGCGCCGGGGACGACCCGCAGGACGACGCCGAUUUAAAGAGGAGGGAGCGUUAGCGCCGUGCAGCAUGGACAGAGAGCCCGUCCUUCACAGCCAAUCGGAGCCCGGCGAGCACGCCAAUGGGACCGCCCCCCGGACCGCGGCGGACGCCUCCGCCCCAACGACCCCCAACCCUCCUCGGCUGACCCCCAACCCCAUGCUCCUGGACUCCCUCGCGCCCGUGAUGACGCCCGCCACCUCCUCCCCGCCUCCCCCUCUCACCCCAGCUCCCUCCGUCUCGGCGACCCACGUCCCCAGGGUGGCGGCGGCCGGGGGCGCUCCAUCCCCCCACCUUCUCGUCCCGCCCCCCCCGAAGCUCACCUCGACCGCCGUCCCCGCCCUGCGCACGUACUCUCGCCCGAUCCUUCCAUCCCCGUCAGGCGCCUCCAAAACAUCCCCCCCCAAACACCGACCCCCGGCUCCUCUUCUCCCCGCUGCCUCUUCUACCCCCCCCGUGGCGCCAAGCAGCACCUUGGCCCUCCCCCCUUCUUCUUCCUCUUCUCCUGCAACGCACAGCAGCAGCAUCAGCAUGUCAUCCAAGACCUCCACCGGGCAGACCAAUGGGAACGCCAGGCCCGUAUCCACGGUGACGACCUCCACGCCCAUCACGCCCUUCCACACGCCGGCCAGUCCAGGCCGACAGGUAUCACAGCCUCAUCCUGUGGGCACACCUGGUCUUGUGCGAGCCAAUCAGAGUGCCUCCCCCGUGAGGCAGAGGGUAUCCCAGCAGACACUGCUCCUGGGGAAAGGUCUCAAAGGGUCUGGGCCGGACCAGGUGCUGCUUAGAGCUCAGAUGCUGAUUCUCACGUCCGCUAUGCGACCUUCCCUUUCCUCUUCCUCCUCUUCCUGCUCUCCUCCUUCCUCUAACCAUGCCUACGCUAAGCUCCAGAGUCUCACCCUGAGGCCCCCCCCCCACGGGGCCCUCACCAUCCCGCCCUCCCUGCGCCUCAAGCCGCCUUGCUCGGCCCCGCCUCCCCUCUCUCGCCCUCACGGCCCCCUCUUCCCCCCCCUCAGGCCGCGACCGCUGUCCUGCGCCGCGGCAACGGAGAGACCAACCGCACCCGGGCGCCACCUCUCCGUCCCGCCCCCGACUCUUUACUCUCCGGUGCGAGUCGUCCCUCUCAGGCCCCGCCUCCAUCCUGCCAACGGCCACAGGGCGGCCGCGCCGCGGCAGACCGCGUCCCUCCAGCCGAUCGGCGCUGCCCCCCCCGCCUGUCGGGCCCCCCUCCCCGUCAGCAGGCCGCUGACUCAGGCGCUGCGCGGCCCGCCGUCCGUGUCCGCCGCGGCCCGCUUUGAGCGCUCGCCCUCGGCGGCGCGGCAGCUGCAGAUCAUCGCCCUCUCUUCUGGACGCCAGAACGCGCCGCCAGAGCCGCCCGGCCCAUUGAAGAGGACGUGGAGCGGCGAGGCGCCUCCUCUUCCUCCCGACCCGUCGUUGCCAAAGAACAGCUCCUCCUGUCUCCCCUCGCCUCCUUCACUCCUGAGUGCGCCGCCCCCCCCCAGUCAGCCCGGGCCUCAGGCGCCGCCUGCCAGCCCGAGAGGGGAGGGGAAGGCCGGAGAGGAGCAGCGAGAGAGAGGACGAGGGGUGAGGCAGGGAGUCAGGGGGGAGGCGAGUGCCAGUAAAGACCCAAAGGGGGAGACAGAGGGGAAGGAGGAGAGGCCGCGGGAAGGAGGCCUCGCCGCCCGGAAGGAAGCGGAGACGGCCGGAGAGGAGGAGCAAAUGGAGGUGACGGAGGAGGGCCGCAGCGACGGAGAGGAGAAAAAGAUGGAGCAGGAGGGAGGGGAGGCCGCCAUGGACCAGUCUGAGAUCCAUCAGAAGAUGGAACCUGUCCACACGCCCGACGCCGUUAAAGACUCGAAACCCCCCACAGGCCUCGUUAAGGCUCCAGUCCAAGCGGUCCCAGUACCGGUCCCAGUACCUGUCCCAAUACCGGUCUCCGCACCCGUCCCAGCAACUGUCCCAGCACCCGUCCCAGUAACUGUCCCAGCACCGGAGGUCUCCGUCCAAAGUCGGUCUCACCAGGACCUGCAGCCGGUCAGCCAGGAGGACUUCUGUGAGAACAUGUCGACGCAGUCCGACAACCAGUCAGCGCUGUCCAGCCUCUCCUCCCAGUCUCCCCCCCCCUCGCCCUUCGCCCCCCCCUCGACAGAUAUCUCCCCCCCCCUCCCGCCACAGACCGCCGUCAGCCUGUCGGAGAAAGUCGGCGAGUCGGCCCGGUCGGCGGUGGAACCCCUCGGCCAAUCGGGGGACGAGUCCGAGAGCGUCGACCGGUCGCCAGGCGGGCCCUGGGAGCCGAGGGCGUGGCCUGAGGGCCAGCAGGUGCUGACUCACCUGGUGGAGGGGUUCGUCAUCCAGGAGGGGCUGCAGCCGUUUCCUGUGAACCGCUCGUCCCUAUUGGUCCAAAAGCCGGGGAGCCAACCGGAGGAAGUGAACGUGACCAAUGGGAGCGCCGCGUCGCCUGUGGCGGACGCAGCGGACGCAACGAACGCAGCAGGACAAGCGGUGCCGCGCUCCAGCGAGUCGGAGGGCGAGGCGGCCGGAGACGCAGACGACCUCGUCGACCGGACGACGCACAGGGACAGGACGGUGCUGCACUGCCAGUUCUGCGGGAAGCGAGGCCACGCCCACAACUUCAUGCGGUCCAAGCGAUUCUGCUCCACUUCCUGUGCACGCGGGUUCAACGUCCGGCUGACGAAGCGCCUGCGCGCUCUGAGCGCCGGCAGCCGGUCCGAGAGGCCCCGCCCAGUCCUGAACAGGGCGGAGUCUGUUCCCGGGAAGCCUCUUCUCCUGAGACUGCCUCGCGAUCUCUGGAGCGCCGGGCGGCGGGAGAAGGAAGGGAAGGAGAAGGCGGCGGCCGAAGACGAGGGGGAGGAUGAGGAUGAGGAGGAGGAGGACAUGGAGGGAGAACGGGGAGAGGAGGAGGAGGAGGAGGACAUGGAGGAGGAUCCUGCCGUUGCCAUGACGGCCAGGAUGGAGCGGCGGGCAGCGCGGCGAGCGAGGAGGGCGUCGGCGCCCACGUUGACCUCCUCCGCGCCCACCAGCACCUUCCAGCCGGCGCCCUCCCAGUGGAGCGUGGAGGACGUGACCGCCUUCAUCCACACGCUGCCAGGCUGCGGCGACGUGGCCGAGGCCUUCCGCCUGCAGGAGAUCGACGGCCAGGCGCUGCUGCUGCUGACCGAGGACCACCUGAUGACCAGCAUGAACAUCAAGCUGGGUCCGGCUCUGAAGAUCUGCGCCCACAUCAACGCGCUAAGGAACCAGUGAGGAGGAGGCAAGGAGGCGAGGGGGCAAGGGAGCUUUCACCAGACACAAAAGCUGACACCAAGGACGACGGGACAACGUCACAAAAAGAGAUUCACGGUCAUUUAUGAGAUUAUAGAUCGAGGUGUGGCCUUAGAGACGCCAGCAGAAGAGUCCAGAAGAAAUUCAUCCGUUUGGGCCGAUCGGACUGUAGCAGGAGACCAGAUGGGGGGGAUUUUUGGUCCUUUCUGUACAUUUUUCACACCACUGGAGAGUGUAAAUUUGAAGCUAUUUCAUGAAGGAUUUUGAACAUUUAAUAUAUAUAUAAAUUUGUCUAUUUAGUUUUUUUAGAACGUGACGUCAACAAAGAAAAUCUAUCCAGUAGCUAAUAUAACCGGUGUGUGUGUAAAAAAAUAAUAACAAUAAUAAUAAUAAAAAUACGUAGACUUUGUAAGUGAUUAAUGAAAGUUUCAUGUUUUAUAUAAUUAUAUUCUGGACAACCUGUCUGUGGAUUAAAAAAGGUCACUAUCAGUAAAGAGA